AUCAUCCUAUAACGAGGCCUACAAAGGCCUCCCCGCCCCAGUUAAGGUGGGGCCUGGCAGCUCACCCCAGGCUGGCGCCCCCCGGGGUUCUGGAGGUUGAGCUUACUUUAGAAAAAGAAAAACAAAUGCAUUAAAUCUCCGCUCCCUGCAUCUUUCCCAGAUAUAUUAAGGGUCUAGAUGACUUAAUACAGAGGGUUUCCCUAGGCACUGCAGCCCUCUGCUCCUGCCGUCUGAGAAACGGGUAGAGCUCUCUCUUCAGACCCUGACCUACCUUGCGCUUUCAAAAAUACUCUGUUGAGCACUGAACUAGAUCUAUGAAACUUGAAAAACAGUACUGGUAAAUGUUCAGAGACAUAUUGUUUAGCAGCAGUGAUCCAGCUUUUUCCAUCUGCUGCAGAAACGUGGAUUUUCUCCUGUAAUGGAGAAAAAUGCGGAUUUUCUCUUUUAAAGGUGAAAAAUCAGAUUUUCUUCCUUAAAAGAGAAAUGCAGAAUAUGGUAGGUUCCCUUUGGAGGCUGGCAGAGUUCCAGCCUACAAGGGGCUGCAGGGAGGUGGAGGAGUAAUCAACGCAGGGGGUACCACAUGCAUGUGUGCGCAAGCUCGUGCAUGUGGUGGUCAGGCAGCAGUGGGAAGCAGCUCCUGUAAGUCAGUGACCACCAGCCACGCAGGUGUGGCAGGGAGGGGCACAGGCCACAAACUGGGAGGACAGUGGAGACAUGUGACCCCCAAGAUUUCUGCACCCACAGUGGGCAUCAGGCUGCACUAAAACUGGAUCAGCUCCAGAGGAACUACCUUCACAGCCCAGCAUGUGGACCCAGCAUGGGAGGGGGUGCCAUGCUGAGGCAUGGUGGUGCAGAGUUGUGCCCUAACUGCUGCUGGGUGGAUGGGGGGGCACCUCACCUUGGUGGCCAUGGCGGUGUGGUGCAACUGCCAAGCUACAUAGGUAGAGGCCAAUCAAAUUCACAGCAUAAGGAGAGUGUGGUGGCUCUUUUAAUCUUGCAUAUUCCCCUGCAUGGACCUUGUUCCCCCCCCAUCCCCAAUUAACAGAGAACCCCCCCCUCCUGAUCAGCAGGGAAGCUGAAACCAUGGUUUUAAACUUGUUUUUGCCUCCCCCUAGUCAGCAGCAAACAGCAGGGCUGUCCAGGGCCCCUCAGCCCCCUUAGCAGCCACCCGUAUGAAGUGGCAAUCAAGGCAUUUAUUUUUGGCACGUGCAUCAUGAGAAGUAACACGGAUGCUGCUGGUCAGAUUCGAGUUUUAAAGCAUUCCUUUUCUAGGAACUCUGCUUUCUUAACAGCACGUACUGUACGCCAGUGGGAUCCUGGUGCAGAGCUGGGGCUUCAAGGUGCUGUAAUAAUAUAGAUAAAUAAUGGCUGGGCACUGACGGCCUUCACAGCCUGCCAUGGCUUUUCAGUGUAUUAAUCGAGAGGAGGCACCUGACGCAGACACUACUAGUAACAGAAGGGACAGACGCGGCUGGAGUAGGAGCCUGCCGAGCAGACCGACGGCUGCAAGGUGCCUGUUUUCACGCCGGGGCCCGUCACCUCCCGCCCGCAGCUGACAGCAGCGUACGCGCGUCUCGCAGCAGGUCUGGGUGCCCCACGCCCCCGAGCCUAGGGGAAGCGGCGCCAACAAGCCCCGAGGCCGGCCCGCCACCAGCGCUUGCCGAGGAAUACGGUUUGGCCGCAGCCGCCUAGGUCAGGCUGACGACGCGUGCGCCUGCGUAGUGCGCAGCAUUGUGGGACUAGCGGCCGCGGUCGCCGACUGGUGGUUGUCCCGGCGCCUUGGAACGGUGCGGGGUGCGUUGUGGGGCUUGUAGUGACGCAAGCCACGCGCCUGCGCUCUAGAAUCCUGGGAACUGCGCACUUCCGCCGCCCGCUCGGCUCCUCCUUAGGUGGGGCGUCCCCGUACAUGGUGGGAGGAGGCUCCGGCACAAUAAAGCCGCGGGAGCCCAGUGCAUUGUGGGUGCUGUAGUUUCACCGUGCACUGGAGCGCCGUGGGGCGCGCUGCUCCCGCCCCCACUUCCGGCCCGCGCCCGCCGCCUUGUGGGCCGGGUAGUUCCGGCGCGGGGCGAGCCCGCCCGCGCGGUGCAUUGUGGGCCGGGUAGUUCCGGUUCCCCUGAGCGGGCGGCGUUGGCGGCGGCGAAGGCCGCGGUUGGCCUUGUGGGAGCUGUAGUUCGGCGCGGCCCCGCGCCCGCCGUCCCAGCCGCCGGGGCCGCCGAGGGGCCCCGCGCGCGCCCCCCGCCAUGCCGGGCUUCACGUGCUGCGUGCCGGGCUGCUACAACAACUCGCACCGCGACAAGGCGCUGCACUUCUACACCUUCCCCAAGGACGAGGAGCUGCGGCGCCUCUGGCUGAAGAACGUGUCCCGCGCCGGCGUGAGCGGCUGCUUCAGCACCUUCCAGCCCACCACGGGCCACCGCGUCUGCAGCGAGCACUUCCAGGGUGGCCGCAAGUCCUACCUGGUGCGGGUGCCCACCAUCUUCCCGCUGCGCGGCGUCAACGAGCGCAAGGGCGCCCGCGCCCCCCGCCGCGCUCGCCCCGCCGCCCCGGCCCUGCCCCAGCCCCAGCCCCCGGCCCCGCCCCAGCCCCCGGCCCAGGUGGCCGCCGCGCCCGCCCUGCUGCUCGCCAUCCAGGACGGCGCCGAGGCCCAGCAGCUGCAGCCGGGCCAGGCCCCGGCAGGGGGCGCCGGCGAGGACGUGAAGCCCAUCGACCUGACGGUGCAGGUGGACUUCGGGCCCGAGCCGCCGGCCGGGCCGGUGCCCGUGCGGCUGGUGGCGGCGGGGGCGCUGGGCGAGGACGGCCCGCUGGAGGGCGGCCCCCCGGACCACUCGUACUCGCUGUCGUCGGGCACCACGUCGGAGGAGCUGCUGCGGAAGCUGAACGAGCAGCGGGACAUCAUCGCUCUGCUGGAGGUGAAGAUGAAGGAGAUGAAGGGCAGCAUCCGCCGCCUGCGCCUGGCCGAGGCCCAGCUGCGCGAGGAGAUCCGCGAGAAGGACCGCCUGCUGCACGCCGCCAGCGCCGGCGCCCGCAAGCGCCACGGCCUCUGAGAGCUGGGACACUCCCCCGGCGCGGCGCGGCCCGGCCCGGCCCCUUCCGCGGGGGCGCUGCCAUGCCGGGGAAGGAGCCUAGGGUGGCGGGUCGGAAGAACUCUGCCCUGGGCCCUUCCCUGGAGAAAUGCCUCUCCCCAGCACAGCCAGGCUUGGCCCCCAGCAACUACCCGGCGCCGGAGGACAGCUCGUUUCCUGACACCCUGCUGGGUAACCGGGAGUAGGAGGAUUUCUGCCCCGCCCCCGCCAGUGCCGCUGCGGUCAGGGUCUGACAAGCAAGGAGGUAUCUGGCGGAGGAGGAAGGGCUGCUCGGACUCAGAAAGGCUUCUUCGCACCCUUGCCCCUGGGAGCAGUCACCAUCGUGCUGUCUGCACUACCAGAUCUCUCUCCUUCUUGCUGCUGCCCGGGCUGCUUUAGCUCUAACUGUGUUAGCACCGCUGGGCACUCUAGUUUUGGCUGCCAGGUUAUUGAAGCAGGUGUCGUUAUAGCACCAGUGUUCUGCCUACACUGGGGGUACCAAUGCUGUUGUUUUAGGAUGAGCUAACCUUAUUUUGACCACAGCGGGGAAAUGUUUGCAACUUUUUUUUUAUUGUAGAUGGGACUUGGGCUACUACUAAGCAGAUGUAGGGUGACAAGCAUCAGUUAUCAGCAAUUAAACUAGCUUGUACAGCAGUAACUCUACUCCAUAAAAAAAAGCAUGUUUAAAACCACAGUUGGCGCUGUAUGCUCUGUAGAAGUGUUACAAUGGUGUUUUGUAAGGCCUCCUUUAGUAGAGGUGUGAGGAAAGCUUUAAAAACCCUCUACGGGUAAUAUGUUUCUUCAGUAAACGAAUGAUGCUGUAAGUCUGCCACUUCAAGUGUGAGUAUCCCCAAAAGUAGAGUGCUCAUGUGCCAUACAGUUUUUGCGCUCUUGCGCUUGUGCUUGUGCACUCUCUUGGGCUUGCUUUCUGUCUCUCUCUCUCUCUCUCUCUGCAUUGGACAUAUAUUUGUUACAAAUGUCUUGAUCCUCUCAGUGCUGAUAAGGAUUGCUUUUAUCUGGUGCAGUGUCUUGCCUUGUUGACAUUUAUUAGUUACAGCUUAUCUCACUGGUUUAAAAAUGCCUCUAUCUAAUAUAGCUGAGGAUAUAGGCAAUAUUGAGUUUUAUAAGCUUUGGGAUGAAAUUUUGAUUGGAAUAGUCUUUGGAAAGACUUGGGAUGAAAUUUUUCUAAGUGAAAUUAAUAUAGCUGCUCAAUCCUAAAUUAGUUUAUAUGACCAAUAGUCUCUGUUUAGGAGACACUCAAACAAUUUAAGUGUCUUUAGAUGCUCCAAGGCAAUACUGAGAAACAUUGUAACAAAUCUCUGUAGAAUGGUUGCAGGUUUUUGGUUCCAGCCAGUAUCAGUCCCAGAUUUCCAUGGACAGAAAACAAACAAACAGAAACAAAAGAAGCCAGAAACUGUGGAGGGGGACAGUGAUAUUACUGCAGCCUCAUAUGUUCCCAGAUUAUCAAAAAACCAGUGAGAUUGGGAGCUCAGUGUUUUGAGGGGGGGAGAUCUGGUACACCUGAAUGGAUCCAUCUUGAUGCUUAUUUACUGCAUUGAAUUUGGACAGUGAUGUGCUUUAGAAAAAAGUAGUUCACCACAGUGUGCCCUAUAAUUAUGCCAGAAAAUGCUCAGACUUUUUUUGUGUUUCAACUAAGUUAGUAGAAACAAGUGACAUGGACAGCUACAGAUCUGGGUUCCUGAGAUCUUUCUCUUGCAACUAGCGUGCAUUACACUCAGUAGGCUGAGCUGAAGAUUUUACUAAUUUUAUAAAUAUUUUCUAAUUGUAAAAAGUAUCUUUAGUUUGGAAAUACUGUAGUCUUUGUAACACUAGACAACUCUUACCUGGCCAACUGUCCAGUUCAUUCUGUCCCUGUAGCUGGUAUGACUGAGUCUGAAGGGUGCAUCUGGGAUUUGGCAGCUGGAGGUUCCUAUAUUGAGUAUCCAGCCAGCUCAGCUAGAGACUUCCAUAGAUACAGCUAACUAUGUGAUGCAUGGGUCUUUUUUUAUAAUGUGUAGUGACUUGGGUGGUUGACCAUGAGGAUGCUACAGAUCUAUUCAUGUAUUAAGUGUGUACCAUUAUUUCAUUUUAUUUAUUUUUUUCCCAAUCUGAUACUGGGUCUAACUACAGCUGUGUAGUGUGCUGACUUCUGUGCAAGUCGUAUCAGCAGUAGGUUUUGGUGGGGGGAAGGACCAGCAGGCAUGCUUGCUAUAUUGUGCCUAAUUUAGCACAUGUGUUGUUUGGUCAGUCAAAUCUUAUGCUUCCAUCAAGGCAAAAGGCAGCACAAUGUCUCUUUCACUCUUGUAUUGUAAAUGAGACUAUUUAUGCAUCCUAGCUGCUUGAGAGUGUUUAGAAUGUGCGUGUUGUAACAGUCAUGGUAUUUUUUCUACCAUUGUAAUGCACUUCAGGAUGUUCAGCCAUUUGGCUCGCUGGACUGGUUAACUGCUGGACUGUUCCAUUUUUCCAGGUUACACUGAGGUGCUAACAUGCUUAAUUUUAAUAAAGUCUAUUUUGUUUUGUUA